AGAGCAGUGACAGGAAUCAUAUCAACCACAAAAUUUCUCGGACGCCAUAUCAGUCGGAAUCCCUUCACGAUGGCGGCAGAAAUUAUCGCGUCGAACUGGAAGCAGGUCGAGGUCGGCAGGGUAGUCCUCCUCCAGGGCGACGGCCCCUACGCCGGCCGCCUCGCUACGAUCGUCGAGAUCAUUGACCACAAGCGGGGACUCAUCGACGGCCCGUCCUCAGACGCCGCGCUCGCCGUUCCCCGUCAGCCAUUCUCCUUCUCCAACCUCCUUCUUUCGGCAUUCGUUAUCGAGAACCUUCCCCGUGGUGCGCGCACAGCAACCGUCAAGGCGGCGUGGGAGAAGGCCGGCAUCGACGCGAAGUGGAAGGAGAGCAACUGGGCCAAGAAGCGUGUCCAGCAGGACCGACGGAAGGCGCUCACGGACUUCGACCGGUUCAAGGUCAUGCGGCUCAAGAAGCAGCGCCGGUUCGAGCAGCGGAAGGCGCUGGCGAAGGUUAAGGCUUCGGCAUAGAGCCGCUGCUUAUAGAGGGGACACGUUGGGCUAGCAUGGUUCAGAGGGGAGGAUGGUAUCCUGGAACGGUCUGCAUGAACAUCAGCAUUCGGGUUGCUGGAUUCCUUUGAUUCGUUUUCGGGGCACCUGUAUGUCACAUCAUCAAGGUGACGGCGUCAAUGAUAUGGAAAAUGCGAAAUCAAGACAAAUCGGUCUGUGGCUCUGCUUGUCUGUGUGACAGCGCUCUUCGUAGAACGACUACACGCCAUCCUGGACCGGACCAUGAUAGUAUUUUACAAUCCUAAUGCUUCUACGGUCACUUUAAUCAGCCUUGAGGGCUAGAAUUGCUAUCACAAGUCGUUAAAAGACAUUCAACCGCCAGAUCCAACUUUUGAGUAAUUGUCUUGAAUGAUUACCUAAU